CUAGAUUCAUUAAGGAAUACAAAGAAAAUAUUUAAAGGGAUCAAUAAUGGUGUCUUCUGGUUGCAGAAUGCGAAGUCUGUGGUUUAUCAUUAUAAUCAGCUUCUUACCGAAUACAGAAGGUUUCAGCAGAGCAGCUUUACCAUUUGGGUUAGUUCGUCGAGAAUUAUCCUGUGAAGGUUAUUCUAUAGAUCUGCGAUGUCCGGGCAGUGAUGUUAUUAUGAUUGAGAGCGCUAAUUAUGGUCGGACAGAUGACAAGAUUUGUGAUGCUGACCCAUUUCAGAUGGAGAAUACAGACUGCUACCUCCCAGAUGCCUUCAAAAUUAUGACUCAAAGGUGCAACAAUCGAACACAGUGUAUAGUAGUUACUGGGUCAGAUGUAUUUCCUGAUCCAUGUCCCGGAACAUACAAAUAUCUUGAGGUCCAGUAUGAAUGUGUCCCUUACAUGGAGCAAAAAGUUUUUGUGUGCCCUGGGACCUUGAAAGCAAUUGUGGACUCACCAUGUAUAUAUGAAGCUGAACAAAAGGCAGGUGCUUGGUGCAAGGACCCUCUUCAGGCUGCAGAUAAAAUUUAUUUCAUGCCCUGGACUCCCUAUCGUACUGAUACUUUAAUAGAAUAUGCAUCUUUAGAAGAUUUCCAAAACAGUCGCCAAACAACAACCUAUAAACUUCCAAAUCGAGUAGAUGGUACUGGAUUUGUGGUAUAUGAUGGUGCUGUCUUCUUUAACAAAGAAAGAACAAGGAAUAUUGUGAAAUUUGACUUGAGGACUAGAAUUAAGAGUGGAGAGGCCAUAAUUAACUAUGCUAACUAUCAUGAUACUUCACCAUAUAGAUGGGGAGGAAAAACUGAUAUUGACCUAGCAGUUGAUGAAAAUGGCUUAUGGGUCAUUUAUGCCACUGAGCAGAACAAUGGAAUGAUAGUUAUUAGCCAACUGAAUCCAUACACUCUUCGAUUUGAAGCAACGUGGGAGACUGUGUAUGACAAACGAGCUGCCUCAAAUGCUUUUAUGAUCUGUGGAGUCCUUUAUGUGGUCAGAUCAGUUUAUCAAGACAAUGAGAGUGAAACAGGCAAGAAUGCAAUUGAUUAUAUUUACAAUACCCGAUUAAACCGAGGAGAAUAUGUAGAUGUUCCCUUCCCCAACCAGUACCAGUAUAUUGCUGCAGUGGAUUACAAUCCGAGAGAUAACCAACUCUAUGUGUGGAACAAUAACUUCAUUUUACGAUAUUCUCUGGAGUUUGGUCCACCUGAUCCUGCCCAAGUGCCUACCACAGCUGUGACAAUAACUUCUUCAGCUGAGAUGUUCAAAACCACAGUAUCAACCACAAGCACUACUUCACAGAAAGGCCCCAUGAGCACAACUGUAGCUGGAUCGCAGGAAGGAAGCAAAGGGACAAAAGCACCUCCAGCAGUUUCUACAACCAAAAUUCCUCCUGUAACAAAUAUUUUUCCCCUGCCAGAGAGAUUCUGCGAAGCAUUAGACGCGAGGGGGAUAAGGUGGCCUCAGACACAAAGGGGAAUGAUGGUUGAACGACCGUGUCCCAAGGGAACGAGAGGAACUGCCUCGUAUCUCUGCGUGCUUUCCACUGGAACAUGGAACCCUAAGGGCCCUGAUCUUAGCAACUGUACCUCACACUGGGUAAAUCAGCUGGCUCAGAAGAUUAGAAGCGGAGAAAAUGCUGCUAGCCUUGCCAAUGAACUGGCUAAACAUACCAAAGGGCCAGUGUUUGCUGGUGAUGUGAGUUCUUCAGUGAGAUUGAUGGAGCAGUUGGUGGACAUUCUUGAUGCACAGCUGCAGGAACUGAAACCUAGUGAAAAGGAUUCAGCUGGACGGAGUUAUAACAAGCUCCAAAAACGAGAGAAGACAUGCAGGGCUUACCUUAAGGCAAUUGUUGAUACAGUGGACAAUCUUCUGAGACCUGAAGCUUUGGAAUCAUGGAAGCACAUGAAUUCUUCUGAACAAGCACAUACUGCAACGAUGUUGCUGGAUACAUUGGAAGAAGGAGCGUUUGUCCUGGCUGACAAUCUCGUAGAACCAACCAGGGUGUCAAUGCCCACAGAAAAUAUUGUUCUGGAAGUUGCAGUACUCAGUACAGAAGGACAGGUCCAAGACUUUAAAUUUCCUCUUGGCAUCAAAGGAGGAGGCAGCUCAAUCCAACUCUCUGCAAAUACUGUUAAACAGAACAGCAGGAAUGGUCUUGCAAAGUUGGUGUUCAUCAUUUACCGGAGUCUGGGACAGUUCCUUAGUACCGAAAACGCAACCAUAAAACUGGGUGCUGACUUUAUUGGUCGAAAUAGCACCAUUGCAGUGAAUUCUCACGUCAUUUCAGUUUCAAUCAAUAAAGAAUCCAGCCGAGUAUACUUGACAGAUCCUGUGCUUUUUACCCUACCACACAUUGAUCCUGACAAUUAUUUCAAUGCAAACUGCUCCUUCUGGAACUACUCGGAGAGAACUAUGAUGGGAUAUUGGUCUACCCAGGGCUGCAAGCUGGUUGACACUAAUAAAACUCGUACAACGUGUGCAUGCAGCCACCUAACCAAUUUUGCAAUUCUCAUGGCCCACAGGGAAAUUGCAUACAAAGAUGGAGUUCACGAAUUACUCCUUACAGUCAUCACCUGGGUGGGAAUUGUCAUUUCCCUUGUUUGUCUGGCUAUCUGCAUCUUCACUUUCUGCUUUUUCCGUGGUCUACAGAGUGACCGUAAUACCAUUCACAAGAACCUUUGUAUCAACCUUUUUAUUGCUGAAUUUAUUUUCCUAAUAGGCAUUGAUAAGACAAAAUACAUGAUUGCAUGCCCAAUAUUUGCAGGACUAUUACACUUUUUCUUUUUGGCUGCUUUUGCUUGGAUGUGUCUAGAAGGUGUACAGCUCUAUCUAAUGUUAGUUGAAGUCUUUGAAAGUGAAUAUUCAAGAAAGAAAUACUACUAUGUUGCUGGUUACUUGUUUCCUGCCACAGUGGUUGGAGUUUCAGCUGCUAUUGACUAUAAGAGCUAUGGAACAGAAAAAGCUUGCUGGCUUCAUGUUGAUAACUAUUUUAUAUGGAGUUUCAUUGGACCUGUUACCUUCAUUAUUCUGCUAAAUAUUAUUUUUCUGGUGAUCACAUUAUGCAAAAUGGUGAAGCACUCAAACACAUUAAAACCAGAUUCUAGCAGGUUGGAAAACAUUAAUAAUUACCGUGUUUGUGAUGGCUACUAUAAUACGGACUUACCUGGCUAUGAAGAUAAUAAGCCAUUUAUCAAGUCUUGGGUGCUUGGCGCAUUUGCUCUUCUAUGUCUUCUUGGCCUAACCUGGUCAUUUGGGUUGCUUUUUAUUAAUGAGGAGACUAUUGUGAUGGCAUAUCUCUUCACCAUCUUUAAUGCUUUCCAGGGAGUGUUCAUUUUCAUCUUUCACUGUGCCCUCCAAAAGAAAGUACGAAAAGAAUAUGGCAAGUGCUUCAGACAUUCAUAUUGCUGCAGCGGCCUCCCGACUGAGAGUCCCCACAGCUCAGUGAAGGCAUCCACCACCAGAACCAGUGCUCGCUAUUCCUCUGGCACACAGAGUCGUAUAAGAAGGAUGUGGAAUGACACUGUGAGAAAACAAUCUGAAUCUUCUUUUAUCUCAGGUGACAUCAAUAGCACUUCAACACUUAAUCAAGGAAUGACUGGCAAUUACCUACUAACAAACCCUCUUCUUCGACCCCACGGCACUAACAACCCCUAUAACACAUUGCUCGCUGAAACAGUUGUAUGUAAUGCCCCUUCAGCUCCUGUGUUUAACUCACCAGGACAUUCACUGAACAAUGCCAGGGAUACAAGUGCCAUGGAUACUCUACCGCUAAAUGGUAAUUUUAACAACAGCUACUCACUGCGCAAGGGGGACUAUAAUGACAGCGUGCAGGUUGUGGACUGUGGACUAAGUCUGAAUGAUACCGCUUUUGAGAAGAUGAUCAUUUCAGAAUUAGUGCACAACAACCUACGGGGCAGCAGCAAGGCUCACAACCUCGAGCUCACACUACCAGUCAAGCCUGUGAUUGGAGGGAGCAGCAGCGAAGAUGAUGCUAUUGUGGCAGAUGCUUCAUCUCUAAUGCAUGGUGACAAUCCUGGACUGGAGCUCCAUCACAAAGAACUCGAGGCCCCACUCAUCCCUCAGAGGACUCACUCCCUUCUGUACCAACCCCAGAAGAAAGCGAAGCCCGAGGGGACUGACAGUUACGUAUCCCAGCUGACAGCCGAGGCCGAGGACCAUCUCCAGUCCCCCAACAGAGACUCCCUGUACACAAGCAUGCCCAACCUUAGGGACUCUCCCUAUCAGGAGAGCAGCCCCGACAUGGAAGAAGACCUGUCUCCAUCCCGGAGGAGUGAGAACGAGGACAUCUACUAUAAGAGCAUGCCAAACCUUGGAGCUGGCCACCAGCUUCAGAUGUGCUACCAGAUCAGCAGGGGCAAUAGCGAUGGUUACAUAAUCCCCAUUAACAAAGAAGGGUGUAUUCCAGAAGGAGACGUCAGAGAAGGACAAAUGCAGCUGGUGACAAGUCUCUAAUAGUGCCACUAAGGAAUUCCAGAGGCCACAUGCAAGUAGUGAAUACAGACAGACUCCAUUGGCCCUAUGCAGCUCCCUCAAACUCCACGUGAAGCGAUGGCCCUGUUGACCUGUGGUUCUCCAGUGUAAAAAAAAAAAAAAAAACGAUGACUGAACCUUGCAGUUCUGUGAAUUUUUAUAAAACAUAAAAAAACUUUGUAUAUACACAGAGUAUACUAAAAUGAAUUAUUUGUUACAAAGAAAAGAGAUGCCAACCAGGUAUUUUAAGAUUCUGCUGCUGUUUAGAGAAAUUGUGACACAAGCAAAACAGAACUUUCCAGCCAUUUUACUGCAGCAGUUUGUGAACUAAAUUUGUAAAUAUGGCUGCACCAUUUUUGUAGGCCUGCAUUGUAUUAUAUACAAGGCGUAGGCUUUAAAAUCCUGUGGGACAAAUUUACUGUACCUUACUGUUCCUGACAAGACUUGGAAAAGCAGGAGAGAUAUUCUGCAGCAGUUUGCAGUUGACUGCAAACCUUUUACA